AUGGCUCUGUGGCUGUUUCCACCAGUGUGUUUUCUAGCUAAAUGAUAAAUGUGUGUCUUUGUUUUCCUUUCAGGUCGAUCAGGGCGGUGACCUCUUCAGAAAACACUGUGAUAGUUGCUGUAGUAAAAAGGUAUGUCUCCCCCCUUUCUUUAUGUCCUGAUAGAUAGUCUCCAUCUAUAUACCAGUCAGUAUGAUCAUAGUCUCCAUCUAUAUACCAGUCAGUAUGAUCAUAGUCUCCAUCUAUAUACCAGUCAGUAUGAUCAUAGUCUCCAUCUAUAUACCAGUCAGUAUGGAGGCAGUACAGAGAGUGAUCUGGAACAUGUCAUAUUUUAUCUGAUGCUUUCUCUCCACACUGAGCUUUAGUUAUAGAGAAGUUUUGUUGAUGGUUUUGGUUUUUGCUGUUGUAGGCCGGACAGGGAGGAGGCCUCAGUGAUGCCUCUUAUCAAUGCUGGCUUUAAUAGGGUGAGUGAAACACACACACACUCAGUCACCCCACCCCUACACACACACACACACACACACAGUCACCCUCCGCCACACACACACACACACACACACACACACACACAGUCACCCCACCCCUACACACACACACACACACACACACACACACACACAGUCAACCCCCCCACCCUCCGCCACACACACACACACGAUCACGUCUGCUGUUCGCACCCAAACGUGGAUCUGACUGUACCUUACUCUAGUUCCCACUAGCCGCUAAUGGCUGUGUAAACACUCCAUCCAGGUCACAGCUAACAUUAAUCAUGAUAACAAGGCCUGCGUUCCAAAUGGCACCCUGUUCCCUAUGGUCCCUGGUCAAAAGUAGUGCACUACUUAGGAUAUAGGCUGCCGUUCAGGAUGCAGCCAAGCCUGCUGGAGGUUACUUUGUGUUCCGUGUGCUCUCAGACUCUCAGAUGGUGAAUAAGUCGGGACUACUCGUGAGACGGAGCUUAAAGACGAAUAUGACCGGUGCCCUGCAGUGACGUCUUGAGGGUUUGAGUUUGUCACUCAUGACAUAGUUAAGGAGUUACAGUGCACUGUGUCACCUGACAUGACAGAAACUGGUUGACAGUAUGUCACUGUGACGUCUUUUCGACAACAUGUGCCCGCUUGGGUGGAUGUCUUUUGUUAACAUCAAAACACCUACUCUAUGAGACCAUGUCUACUGUACAUUAAGGAGUAGGUAGAAGUCACUCCUAACCACUGAUUCUGGGUCAGAUAUAUUCUCGUCCACAUAAUUGCUAUGGGUUAGGAUUGGAGGUACGGUAAUCUGACCCUAGAUCUGUGGUUAAGGUUAAGGGCCUGUUCUAGAUCAAACGCGUGUAAGUAAACAAAGAUACGUGAACCAUGUUCAGGUUUGGUGAUCCAUGUUGAACCGUGUAACCCCUUGACCUUUGAUCCCGGUCAAAAGUAGUGCACUGUGAAGGGAAUUGGGUGCCAUUUGGGACGCACAUUGUAUUAACCCCUGACCUUUGACACUCAUAGAGAAACACUAUCCCAAAUGGAACCCUAUUCCCUAUAUAGAUCCCUAUGGGCCCUGGUAAAAAAUAGUACACUAUGUAGUGAGUAGGGUGCCAUUGGGGAUGCAGACAGAUAAACACUGUCUUAACCCCUGACCUCUGCCCCCUACAGAGAUACAGGGAGAACACUAACAUGGUGACCCCUGUUGACCUGUAUUAACCCCUGACCUCUGCCCCCUACAGUGAUACGUGGAGAACACUAACAUGGUGACCCCUGUUGACCUGUAUUAACCCCUGACCUCUGCCCCCUACAGUGAUACGUGGAGAACACUAACAUGGUGACCCCUGUUGACCUGUAUUAACCCCUGACCUCUGCCCCCUACAGAGAUACGUGGAGAACACUAACAUGGUGACCCCUGUUGACCUGUAUUAACCCCUGACCUCUGCCCCCUACAGAGAUACGUGGAGAACACUAACAUGAUGACCCCUGUUGACCUGUAUUAACCCCUGACCUCUGCCCCCUACAGAGAUACGUGGAGAACACUAACAUGGUGACCCCUGUUGACCUGUAUUAACCCCUGACCUCUAACCCCUGACCUCUGCCCCCUACAGAGAUACGUGGAGAACACUAACAUGGUGACCCCUGUUGACCUGUAUUAACCCCUGACCUCUGCCCCCUACAGAGAUACGUGGAGAACACUAACAUGAUGGCCUGUUACAACGAGCUGCUACAGCUGGAGCAUGGAGAAGUAAGGGCACAGUUCAAACUGAGGUGAGGGACACACACACACACACACAAACACACACAAGCACACCCAAACACACACACACACACAAGCACAACCAAACACACCCAAACACACACACACACACACACACAAACACAAACACACACAAACACACACAAGCACACCCAAACACACACACACAAGCAGAAGUGAGGGCACAGUUCAAACUGAGGUGAGGGACACACACACACACACAAACACACACAAGCACACCCAAACACACACACACACACAAGCACAACCAAACACACCCAAACACACACACACACACACACACAAACACAAACACACACAAACACACACAAGCACACCCAAACACACACACACAAGCAGAAGUGAGGGCACAGUUCAAACCGAGGUGAGAGACACACACACAAACACAAACACACACAAGCACACCCAAACACACACACACACAAGCAGAAGUAAGGGCACAGUUCAAACUGAGGGGAAUGUUUAAGGGAUAGUUCAAGAUUUUGGCAAUGAGGCCCUUUAUCUACUUCUAGUUUAGCAGAAGUUGCUAACUAGCGUUAGCCCAAUGACUGGAAGUCUAUGGGAACAGCUAGCAUUGCCAAAAUCCCAAACUAUCCGUUUAAAGAAGUACCUUUACCAGCUAGGGGCUGGGGAGGCAGACUGUUUCCUGCACAGCCUCGGUUCUUCAAGGGAACACAGUGAGACAAGCAUCUCAUUUCUGUGAGCUGUGUCUCACCAAGUGACCGAUGUACAACCAGAUCAUAGAGAGAAGAUACAGAUCCACUCAAUGCUUGCUGCCCCCAAAUCCUGUAAUGAUGCUGGAGUGUGAUUAAAAAUCAGAGAUUAAAAAAGUAGAAUUUUCUUUCUACAGCUAUGUACUGUACACAUAUCUAAAUUUAGCUCCUGUUCUACAUUCAGAGGUGCAUUUCAACUAUUUCUCUCUCUCGCGCUCUCUCUCUCCCCCUCCUCUCCCCUCCCCUCCCCUCUCUCCCCUCCCCUCCCCUCCCCUCCCCUCCUCUCUCUCCCCUCUCUCUGGUCUCUCUCUCUCCUCCCCCUCUCCUCUCUCUCAUCUCUCUCCUCUCUCUCUCUCUCUCCUCUCUCUCUCUCUCUCAUCGCUCUGCUCUCUCAUCUCUUCUCUUCUCUUCUCUUCCUCUCUCCUCGUUCUCUCGUCUCUCCUCUCUCUUCUCUUCCUCUCUCUUCAUCGUCUGUCUCUCUCUCUCUCUCUCUCCCCUCCCCUCCCCUUCCUCUCUCUCCUCGCUCUCCUCUCGCCCUCCGCUCUCUCUCCUCGCUCUCGCUCAUCUCCGCUCUCUCUCUCUCUCGCUCUCUCUCUCCCAUCUCUCUCUCUAACCCCUUCCCAUCCCUCUCUCUCUCUCUCUCUCUCGCCUCUCGCUCUCAUCUUUUCUCUCGCUCUCUCUCUCUCUCCCUCGCUCUCUCUCUCCCAUCUCUCUCCCCUCUCCUCUCACCUAACCCUUCUCCUCUCUCUCUCUACUAAACCCCUCCUCUCUUAAUCGACCCCCUCCCCUCUCUCUCUCUCUCUAACCCUUCCCUCUCUCUACCCCUCCCUCUCUCUCCCUUUCUCUUCCCCCACCCUCUCUCUUUCCCUCCCCUCCCUCUCUCCUCUCUCUUUCCCUCUCUCCCCACCCUCCCUCCUUCCCCUACUCUCUCCCCUCCCUCCAUCUCCCUCCCUCUCUCUUUCCCAGGGCAUGUAAUGCUAUCUUCACAGCAUUGGAACAGAGUCAGGAGGCCAUAGAGAUCACCAAUGAGGAUCAAGUCAUUCAGGUGGGUUUUUGACACACAAUUUCCAUUAGUUUUACUAAAGAAUGGUCUGUGGAUGGAAGCACUAAGGCAGGGGUGGGGAAACUUUUUGUCUUGAGGGCCACAUUGGGAUUUUCAAUUUGCAUGGCCAGAAAAAGGACAGUUACAGACACACCUAGUGACACACCUAGUGACACAGCUACAGACGCAGCUACAGACACAGCUGGAGACACAGUUAGAGACACAGCUAGAGACACAGCUAGAGACACAGCUGGAGACACAGCUGGAGACACAGCUAGAGACACAGCUGGAGACACAGCUAGAGACACAGCUGGAGACACAGCUACAGACACAGCUGGAGACACAGCUAGAGACACAGCUGGAGACACAGCUGGAGACACAGUUACAGACACAGCUGGAGACACAGCUGGAGACACAGCUGGAGACACAGCUAGAGACACAGUUAGAGACACAGCUGGAGACACAGCUAGAGACACAGCUGGAGACACAGCUGGAGACACAGCUGGAGACACAUCUGGAGACACAUCUGGAGACACAGCUGGAGACACAGCUAGAGACACAGCUGGAGACACAGCUGGAGACACAGACACAGCUGGAGACACAGCUAGAGACACAGCUGGAGACACAGCUAGAGACACAGACACAGCUGGAGACACAGCUAGAGACACAGUUAAAGACACAGCUACAGACACAGUUAGAGACACAGCUAGAGACACAGUUAGAGACACAGCUAGAGACACAGCUAGAGACACAGCUGGAGACACAGCUGGAGACACAGCUAGAGACACAGCUAGAGACACAGCUGGAGACACAGCUGGAGACACAGCUGGAGACACAGCUGGAGACACAGCUGGAGACACAGCUAGAGACACAGACACAGCUGGAGACACAGCUAGAGACACAGUUAAAGACACAGCUACAGACACAGUUAGAGACACAGCUAGAGACACAGACACAGCUAGAGACACAGCUAGAGACACAGACACAGUUAGAGACACAGCUGGAGACACAGCUGGAGACACAGCUGGAGACACAGCUAGAGACACAGCUAGAGACACAGCUGGAGACACAGCUGGAGACAUAGCUAGAGACACAGCUGGAGACACAGCUAGAGACACAGACACAGCUGGAGACACAGUUGGAGACACAGCUGGAGACACAGCUAGAGACACAGUUAGAGACACAGCUGGAGACACAGCUAGAGACACAGCUGGAGACACAGCUGGAGACACAGCUGGAGACACAGCUGGAGACACAGCUGGAGACACAUCUGGAGACACAUCUGGAGACACAGCUGGAGACACAGCUGGAGACACAGCUAGAGACACAGCUGGAGACACAGCUGGAGACACAGACACAGCUGGAGACGCAGUUAGAGACACAGCUAGAGACACAGUUAAAGACACAGCUACAAACACAGCUACAGACACAGCUGGAGACACAGCUAGAGACACAGCUAGAGACACAGCUAGAGACACAGUUAAAGACACAGCUACAAACACAGCUACAGACACAGCUGGAGACACAGCUAGAGACACAGCUGGAGACACAGCUGGAGACACAGCUGGAGACACAGCUGGAGACACAGCUGGAGACACAGCUAGAGACACAGACACAGCUGGAGACACAGCUAGAGACACAGACACAGUUAGAGACACAGUUAGAGACACAGCUGGAGACACAGCUGGAGACACAGCUAGAGACACAGCUAGAGACACAGUUGGAGACACAGCUGGAGACAUAGCUAGAGACACAGCUGGAGACACAGCUAGAGACACAGACACAGCUGGAGACACAGUUGGAGACACAGCUGGAGACACAGCUAGAGACACAGACACAGCUACAGACACAGCUACAGACACAGCUAGAGACACAGUUAGAGACACAGCUAGAGACACAGCUAGAGACACAGCUGGAGACACAGCUGGAGACACAGCUGGAGACACAGCUGGAGACACAGCUGGAGACACAGCUGGAGACACAGACACAGCUGGAGACACAGCUAGAGACACAGCUGGAGACACAGCUGGAGACACAGCUGGAGACACAGCUGGAGACACAGCUGGAGACACAGUUAGAGACACAGUUGGAGACACAGCUGGAGACACAGCUGGAGACACAGCUGGAGACACAGUUGGAGACACAGCUGGAGACACAGCUGGAGACACAGCUGGAGACACAGCUGGAGACACAGUUAGAGACACAGUUAGAGACACAGUUGGAGACACAGCUGGAGACACAGCUGGAGACACAGCUGGAGACACAGUUAGAGACACAGCUAGAGACACAGCUGGAGACACAGCUAGAGACACAGCUGGAGACACAGCUAGAGACACAGCUGGAGACACAGCUAGAGACACAGCUGGAGACACAGCUAGAGACACAGACACAGCUAGAGACACAGCUAGAGACACAGCUAGAGACACAGCUGGAGACACAGCUGGAGACACAGCUAGAGACACAGCUAGAGACACAGUUGGAGACACAACUAGAGACACAACUAGAGACACAACUAGAGACACAGACACAGUUAGAGACACAGCUAGAGACACAGCUGGAGACACAGCUGGAGACAUAGCUAGAGACACAGCUGGAGACACAGCUGGAGACACAGCUAGAGACACAGACACAGCUGGAGACACAGCUAGAGACACAGUUAAAGACACAGCUACAGACACAGCUAGAGACACAGCUAGAGACACAGCUGGAGACACAGCUACAGACACAGCUAGAGACACAGCUAGAGACACAGCUGGAGACACAGCUAGAGACACAGCUAGAGACACAGCUGGAGACACAGCUGGAGACACAGCUGGAGACACAGCUGGAGACACAGUUAGAGACACAGUUGGAGACACAGCUGGAGACACAGCUGGAGACACAGUUGGAGACACAGCUGGAGACACAGCUGGAGACACAGCUGGAGACACAGCUGGAGACACAGCUAGAGACACAGCUGGAGACACAGCUGGAGACACAGCUGGAGACACAGCUGGAGACACAGCUGGAGACACAGUUGGAGACACAGCUGGAGACUCAGCUGGAAACACAGCUGGAGACACAGCUAGAGACACAGCUAGAGACACAGUUAGAGACACAGUUAGAGACACAGACACAGCUGGAGACACAGCUAGAGACACAGCUGGAGACACAGUUAGAGACACAGUUAGAGACACAGACACAGCUAGAGACACAGCUGGAGACACAGCUGGAGACACAGACACAGCUGGAGACACAGCUAGAGACACAGACACAGCUGGAGACACAGCUGGAGACACAGUUAGAGACACAGCUGGAGACACAGUUAGAGACACAGCUAGAGACACAGUUAGAGACACAGCUGGAGACACAGUUAGAGACACAGCUAGAGUUUUUCCUAUUUUGUUGCAUUACAACCUGUAAUUUAAAUGGAUUUUUAUUUGGAUUUCAUGUAAUGGACAUACACAAAAUAGUCCAAAUUGGUGAAGUGAAAUGAAAAAAAUUACUUGUUUCAAAAAAUUAAUAACGGAAAAGUGGUGUGUGCAUAAGUAUUCACCCCCUUUGCUAUGAAACCCCUAAAUAAGAUCUGGUGCAACCAAUUACCUUCAGAAGUCACAUAAUUAGUUAAAUAAAGUCCCCCUGUGUGCACUCUAAGUGUCACAUGAUCUGUCACAUGAUCUCAAUAUAUAUAUACACCUGUUCUGAAAGGCCCCAGAGUCUGCAACACCACUAAGCAAGGGGCACCACCAAGCAAGCGGCACCAUGAAGACCAAGGAGCUCUCCAAACAUGUCAAGGACAAAGUUGUGGAGAAGUACAGAUCAGGGUUGGGUAAUUAAAACAAUUCUGAAACUUUGAACAUCCCACGGAGCACCAUUAAAUCCAUUAUUAAAAAAUUGAAAGAAAAUGGCACCACAACAAACCUGCAAAGAGAGGGCCGCCCACCAAAACUCACGGACCAGGCAAGGAGCAUUAAUCAGAGAGGCAACAGAGACCAAAGAUAAAAAAGCUGCAAAGCUCCACAGCGGAGAUUGGAGUAUCUGUCCAUAGGACCACUUUAAGCUGUACACUCCACAGAGCUGGGCUUUACAGAAGAGUGGCCAGAAAAAAAGCCAUUGCUUAAAGAAAUAAAUAAGCAAACACGUUUGGUGUUCACCAAAAGGCAUGUGGGAGACUCUAUGAGGAAAAUGCUAUGUCUGGCGCAAACCCAACACCUCUCAUCACCCCGAGAACACCAUGGUGGUGGCAGCAUCAUGCUGUGGGGAUGUUUUUCAUCGGCAGGGGCUGGGAAACUGGUCAGAAUUGAAGGAAUGAUGGAUGGCGCUAAAUACAGGGAAAUUCUUGAGGGAAACCUGUUUCAGUCUUCCAGAGAUUUGAGACUGGGACGGAGGUUCACCUUCCAGCAGGACAAUGACCCUAAGCAUACUGCUAAAGCAACACUCGAGUGGUUUAAGGGGAAACAUUUAAAUGUCUUGGAAUGGCCUAGUCAAAGCCCAGACCUCAAUCCAAUUGAAAAUAUGUAGUAUGACUUAGAUUGCUGUACACCAGCGGAACCCAUCCAACUUGAAGGAGCUGGAGCAGUUUUGCCUUGAAGAAUGGGCAAAAAUCCCAGUGGCUAGAUGUGCCAAGCUUAUAGAGACAUACCCCAAGAGACUUGCAGCUGUAAUUUCUGCCAAAGGUGGCUCUACAAAGUAUUGACUUUGAGGGGGUGAAUAGUUAUGCACGCUCAAGUUUUCUGUUUUUUUUAAAACUUAUUUAUUGUUUGUUUCACAAUAAAAAAUAUUUUGCAUCUUCAAAGUGGUAGGCAUGUUGUGUAAAUCAAAUGAUACAAACCCCCCCAAAAAAUCCAUUUUAAUUCCAGGUUGUAAGGCAACAAAAUAGGAAAAAUUCCAAGGGGGGUGAAUACUCUCGCAAGCCACUGUACAGACACAUAGCAUCUCCAGCAGUGUUAUCAUGUUCUCUCUCUGUGAAAGCGCUGACUAUCUUUGUCUGUGUCCCUUGCUGGCAUGAUGAGAGUUACCAAUGUGUUAAUGGUACCACUCAUUAAGCUAGCUAAUCUAAGCUAACCUCACAGGACUGUGUGUAAUGCUGUUGUGAAGAGCUAAGCUAGCUGAGCUAAGCUAACCUCACAGGACUGUGUGUGAUGCUGUUGUGAAGAGCUAAGCUAGCUGAGCUAAGCUAACCUCACAGGACUGUGUGUGAUGCUAGUGUUGUUAUUAGACUCUAAUGACACCUGAUUCUCAGUAUGACAAUGGAUAAAACAUUUGUAGAUAAUGUUUUGGGGGAUAGAAACAAAGCCCAGACUAUAAGAAUAGGCAGCAUCAUUACAACACUUCUAUCUUGUCUGAUUUUACCUAUGUGGGCUCUGGUCAAAAGGAACAGUCUCUCUCUGUCUCUCUCUGUCACUCUCUCUAUCUCUCUCUCUCUCUCUCUCUCUCUCUCUCUCUCUCUCUCUCUCUCUCUCUCUCUCUCUCUCUCUCUCUCUUUUCUACAGUAUGUGAACCCUGCCUACGAGAGCAUCAUGGGUUACCAGCAAGGCGAACUAAUAGGGAAGGAAAUUAUAGAAGUGCCUAAAAGUGAAAAGAAUAAGCCUGAUCUUCUUGAAACGAUAAACUCCUGCAUACGGAAAGGAAAGGUGAGUGUGUAUCUAUGUGUUUAUAACGGCGCUAUGAUAUCAGGUGUGUGUGUGUUGACCCCUCAGCUCGGCCAGAAAGCCUCCCUUUCUCAUGCAGUGGGAUGAGACCCUGGACGCUGGCUGGGUUUGUGGUGUGAGUACAGAGGUGUGUGUGUUCCAUGUUAGAUGAGAUGCUUGGAUCCAGGCUGGACGCUGGCUGGGUUUGUGGUGUGAGUACAGAGACAGAGAAGGUCACAGGCAGACAGAGGAACAGUAGGAAACUGCCUUUUGAACCUCAGACACCACACCAGGGGUGUCCCACAUGAAACAACCUGACUGGACGCCAUUUUGGUUCUGUCCUGCCCCAUAAAGCGUCUGGUUAUUCUUUGAUAUGCCUCAGGAUGACCCCCGUGUUGGGGUGAUCAUCUCUAGAACACCCAGCUCUGGAUUUACUUCUCCAUUAUAACAUAUUAUAGACUACAGCCUUUUGUUUACUGGUCCUGUGUGGUUCAGUUGGUAAGAGUGGGACACCAGUAACACCAAUGUUGUUGGUUCAAUUCCCGUGAGGAUCACGUAGGGUUGCAAAGGGAAGGGUAUAUUACUGGAAAGUUUAUCAGUAAACUACCAGAAUUUUGGUAUCUUUCAAGGAUUUUAUGUAAUCUAUCACAAGACAUCUAGUGGCCUCUUUUGGGUACUUCAGAUGAUCACAGGUGUCUAAUUAUCUCUGGCCUUCUGUGUGGCCUUAUCACAUGUAAAAUAAAUGAAAUAAUUCAAUAAGAUUAUUUAAAAUUAGAAAAUAGAAUGACAAAGUUGUAAAACAUUAUUCUAAAUAUAAACCAUAAAUGUAGUAAAAACCAUUGGGGGUUUAAUAUGAGGUUUUCAGCAUGAAAUAUCCUUUAUUUAUUUAUUAUUACACAUUUUUAUUUAUUUUACUAUGUCAAUAACUUACUUACUAACGUGUUAGUUCUAGUAGCUACAGUGGGGAGAACAAGUAUUUGAUACACUGCCGAUUUUGCAGGUUUUCCUACUUACAAAGCAUGUAGAGGUCUGUAAUUUUUAUCAUAGGUACACUUCAACUGUGAGAGACAGAAUCUAAAACAAAAAUCCAGAAAAUCUGUCAGUAUGUCUUUGUUGUCAAUGUUUUGGCAUCAAACUGGUGGCAGUUCUCUUGAACCCUAUGGUUAAUCUGCUAUAAACUCAUGGACAAUAUGGACACAGAUAUAAAAAAAAUAUGUAUACUAUAUAUUAAUAAUUUAUUUAAAGUUAUUCAAGUAUAACUUGCAGAAGUUCCGAUAGAGUUCCAUAGAUUUUCUGUUAAUUACCAAAAUUACUGAAGAUUCCGGUAACUUCAGUAAAUUUACCGGUAGCUUUGCAACCCUAGAUACACAUAUCUAAAAUGAAUGCACUCACUGCACUGUGGCUCUGGUGAGAGUCUGUUAAGUAGCAUAGGGCCUAGAUUAUUAUAGGAAGUGAAUUGUCUCUUUUCAUUAUUCCUCUGUUUCCUUCCAGGAGUGGCAGGGGAUUUAUUAUGCCAAGAAGAAGAACGGGGACAGUGUCCAACAAAAUGUGAAGAUCACACCUGUGAUCGGACAGGGAGGGUGAGGGCUGUUCACAACAUGUCUCAAUAAAUUACAGUAUAACUAUUUAUUUAUUUGGGAAAUUAUUUGAUGGUGGUCAAAUGGCUCAACAGCCCAAAAUAUUUUCUUGGCACAAUAUCUGUUGGUAAUCUAUUAUCACUAUAUUCAUAAUGUUUCUAUUUUCUUCAACAGUAAAAUCAGACACUAUGUGUCUAUCCACAGGCCUUUAAAUGAUCAGAAUAAGGUAAGAGGCUGAUUCCUGAACACAACAGAUAAUACAGGAUGAAGAGUUAUUUCUUUUGUCACCUGAUUAUGUUCUGUUCCUUUUCUCUCUGUCUGUCCAUCCCUUUACUCUCCCCUCUAGACGUCCAGUGAACGAGUGCAGGCAGAGUCUCAGACAGGUACUUACUCUCUCUCUGUCUCUCUGUCUCUGUCUCUCUCUCUGUCUCUGUCUCCCUGUCUCUGUCUCUCUCUCUCGGUCUCUCUGUCUUUCUCUCUCUCUCUGUCUCUGUCUCUCUCUCUCUCUCUCUCUCUCUCUGUCCCUGUCCCUGUCUCUCUCUCUCUGUCUCUGUCUCUCUCUCUCUGUCCCUGUCUCUCUCUCUGUCCCUGUCUCUCUCUCUCUCUCUCUCUCUCUCUCUCUCUCUGUCUCUCUCUGUCUCUCAUUCUCUGUCCCUGUCUCCCUGUCUCUCUGUCUCUGUCUCCCUGUCUCUGUCUCUCUCUCUCGGUCUCUCUGUCUGUCUCUCUCUCUCUCUCUGUCUCUGUCUCUCUCUCUCUGUCUCUCUCUGUGUCUCUGUCUCUCUCUGUCUCUCUCUGUCUCCCUCUGUCUCACUCUCUCUCUCUCUCUCUCUCUCUCUCUCUUUCUCUCUCUCUCUCUGUCUCUGUCUCUCUGUGUCUCUCUCUCUAUCUCUCUCUCUGUCUCUCUCUGUUUCUCUCUCUCUGUCUCUCUCUGUCUCUCUCUCUGUCUCUCUCUGUUUAUCUCUCUGUCUGUCUGUCUCUCUCAUGUUUUACUACAAUGUAUACAAGCUAAAGUUGAGGAAGAGUAAUGCAAUAUUAUCUAAUGCAUGUUUAGACGGAGGCUAAGAGUUACUGAUGUUAUCCGUGGAAAAGCGUGGGAGUAGAAAUUGCCCCUAACCAAUGAUGCAGGGUCAGCUGUAUGUUCAUCCCGUUAAUGAUUAAGGUUAGGAUUGGAAUAAGUGUAACCUGAUCCUAGAUCUGUGGUAAGGGGAAACCUCUACCCUAACCUUGUAGUACUACUGAGGGAGUAGGGUAUAUAUGUUAUUUUCCUUCCAGUUGGUUGGUUGUCAUGUGUGUCAGAGCAUACCUGUAACUAGAAGGACAUACAGAACAUACCUGUAACUAGAAGGACAUACAGAACAUACCUGUAACUAGAAGGACAUACAGAACAUACCUGUAACUAGAAGGACAUACAGAACAUACCUGUAACUAGAAGGACAUACAGAACAUACCUGUAACUAGAAGGACAUACAGAACAUACCUGUAACUAGAAGGACAUACAGAACAAACCUGCUGUAACUAGAAGGACAUAUAGAACAUACCUGCUGUAACUAGAAGGACAUACAGAACAUACCUGUAACUAGAAGGACAUACAGAACAUACCUGUAACUAGAAUCUUAUAUCCUGAGUGGCGCAGUGGUCUAAGGCACUGCAUCGCAGUGCUAGCUGUGCCACUAGAGAUCCUGGUUCGUAUCCAGGCUCUGUCGUAGCCGGCCGUGACCGGGAGACCCAUGGGGCGGCGCGCAAUUGGCCCAGCGUCGUCCAGGGUAGGGGAGGGAAUGGCCGGCAGGGAUGUAGCUCAGUUGAUAGAGCAUGGCGUUUGCAACGCCAGGGUUGUGGGUUCGAUUCCCACAGGGGGUAUGAAAAAAAUAAUAAUAAUGUAAGUCGCUCUGGAUAAGAGUGUCUGCUAAAUGACGUAAAUGUAAAUGUAGAAGGACAUACAGAACAUACCUGUAACUAGAAGGACAUACAGAGCAUACCUGUAACUAGAAGGACAUACAGAGCAUACCUGUAACUAGAAGGACAUACAGAACAUACCUGUAACUAGAAUGACAUACAGAGCAUACCUGCUGUAACUAGAAGGACAUACAGAACAUACCUGUAACUAGAAGGACAUACAGAACAUACCUGUAACUAGAAGGACAUACAGAACAUACCUGUAACUAGAAGGACAUACAGAGCAUACCUGUAACUAGAAGGACAUACAGAGCAUACCUGCUGUAACUAGAAGGACAUACAGAACAUACCUGUAACUAGAAGGACAUACAGAACAUACCUGUAACUAGAAGGACAUACAGAACAUACCUGUUGUAACUAGAAGGACAUACAGAACAUACCUGCUGUAACUAGAAGGACACACAGAACAUACCUGCUGUAACUAGAAGGACAUACAGAACAUACCUGUAACUAGAAGGACAUACAGAACAUACCUGCUGUAACUAGAAGGACACACAGAACAUACCUGCUGUAACUAGAAGGACAUACAGAACAUACCUGUAACUAGAAGGACAUACAGAACAUACCUGUAACUAGAAGGACAUACAGAACAUACCUGUAACUAGAAGGACAUACAGAGCAUACCUGUAACUAGAAGGACAUACAUAACAUACCUGCUGUAACUAGAAGGACAUAUAGAACAUACCUGUAACUAGAAGGACAUACAGAACAUACCUGUAACUAGAAGGACAUACAGAACAUACCUGUAACUAGAAGGACAUACAGAACAUACCUGUAACUAGAAGGACAUACAGAACAUACCUGCUGUAACUAGAAGGACAUAUAGAACAUACCUGUAACUAGAAGGACAUAUAGAACAUACCUGUAACUAGAAGGACAUACAGAACAUACCUGCUGUAACUAGAAGGACAUAUAGAACAUACCUGUAACUAGAAGGACAUACAGAACAUACCUGUAACUAGAAGGACAUACAGAACAUACCUGAAGGAUGACCUGUGUAAGUUUUGGUUUUACUAUCCUUGUUGGGACCUGAAGUCCUGUUGGGACCUGAAGUCCUGUUGGGACCACAAGGAAAAAGGCUAUUUUAGGCUUAGUGGUUAGGGUUAGGGUUAAAAUUAGGGAUUCGAGUUAGGGUUAGGGGUUAAGGUUUAGGGAAAAUAGGAUUUUGAAUGGGAAUCAAUUGUUUGGGUCCACACAAGGAUAGUAAAACAAACGUGUGUGUGUGUGUGCCUGUGUGUGUGUUUUCCCCUCCCUAGACAUCCAGUCCAGUAAGCAUAAGGACCGGAGGAAAGGCUCGUUGGAUGUCAGAUCAACUACGUCUCGAGGGAGCGAUGGUGAGAGGAGUGGGACAGAGAGGGAGACUAUGGAAAUAUUCUAGAGACCUUAUGAAAGACAAGUCUUCUGUUGAGCACCUGUUUUUCUAUUAAAACAGCGUUACAAAUUAAAUGUAUUAAUAUUAGUUGAUUAUUAUUAUUAUUUGACUUCUACUUGUUUAUUGGACACAUCUUUGGAGAUAGAUACUUAUCAUGACAUGUGACUAGUGAGGAAAAAGCCAGUGUCGUUGCGUCUACGGUGAAGUCUUCCUCUCCUGGUCUCUCCUCGUCUCUUUUCUCAUUUAGACUCUUUUUAGACCUAAUUUAGUCUGGUUCCCAUUAGUACGUAGUUAGUAAAACAGUUAGUAAAUAGACCUAAUUUAGGAUGGUUCCCAUUAGUACGUAGUUAGUAAAACAGUUAGUAAAUAGACCUAAUUUAGGAUGGUUCCCAUUAGUACGUAGUUAGUAAAACAGUUAGUAAAUAGACCUAAUUUAGGAUGGUUCCCAUUAGUACGUAGUUAGUAAAACAGUUAGUAAAUAGACCUAAUUUAGGAUGGUUCCCAUUAGUAUGUAGUUAGUAAAACAGUUAGUAAAUAGACCUAAUUUAGGAUGGUUCCCAUUAGUACGUAGUUAGUAAAACAGUUAGUAAAUAGACCUAAUUUAGGAUGGUUCCCAUUAGUAUGUAGUUAGUAAAACAGUUAGUAAAUAGACCUAAUUUAGGCUGGUUCCCAUUAGUACGUAGUUAGUAAAACAGUUAGUAAAUAGACCUAAUUUAGGAUGGUUCCCAUUAGUAUGUAGUUAGUAAAACAGUUAGUAAAUAGACCUAAUUUAGGAUGGUUCCCAUUAGUACGUAGUUAGUAAAACAGUUAGUAAAUAGACCUAAUUUAGGAUGGUUCCCAUUAGUAUGUAGUUAGUAAAACAGUUAGUAAAUAGACCUAAUUUAGGCUGGUUCCCAUUAGUACGUAGUUAGUAAAACAGUUAGUAAAUAGACCUAAUUUAGGAUGGUUCCCAUUAGUACGUAGUUAGUAAAACAGUUAGUAAAUAGACCUAAUUUAGGCUGGUUCCCAUUAGUACGUAGUUAGUAAAACAGUUAGUAAAUAGACCUAAUUUAGGAUGGUUCCCAUUAGUACAUAGUUAGUAAAACAGUUAGUAAAUAGACCUAAUUUAGGAUGGUUCCCAUUAGUAUGUAGUUAGUAAAACAGUUAGUAAAUAGACCUAAUUUAGGCUGGUUCCCAUUAGUACGUAGUUAGUAAAACAGUUAGUAAAUAGACCUAAUUUAGGAUGGUUCCCAUUAGUAUGUAGUUAGUAAAACAGUUAGUAAAUAGACCUAAUUUAGGCUGGUUCCCAUUAGUACAUCGUUAGUAAAAAAGUUAGUAAAUAGACCUAAUUUAGGCUGGUUCCCAUUAGUACGUAGUUAGUAAAACAGUUAGUAAAUAGACAUAAUUUAGGCUGGUUCCCAUUAGUACGUAGUUAGUAAAACAGUUAGUAAAUAGACCUAAUUUAGGAUGGUUCCCAUUAGUACGUAGUUAGUUAAACAGUUAGUAAAUAGACCUAAUUUAGGAUGGUUCCCAUUAGUACAUAGUUAGUAAAACAGUUAGUAAAUAGACCUAAUUUAGGCUGGUUCCCAUUAGUACGUAGUUAGUAAAACAGUUAGUAAAUAGACCUAAUUUAGGCUGGUUCCCAUUAGUACGUAGUUAGUAAAACAGUUUGUAAAUAGACCUAAUUUAGGCUGGUUCCCAUUAAUACGUAGUUAGUAAAACAGUUAGUAAAUAGACCUAAUUUAGUCUGGUUCCCAUUAGUACGUAGUUAGUAAAACAGUUAGUAAAUAGACCUAAUUUAGGAUGGUUCCCAUUAGUACGUAGUUAGUAAAACAGUUAGUAAAUAGACCUAAUUUAGGAUGGUUCCCAUUAGUACGUAGUUAGUAAAACAGUUAGUAAAUAGACCUAAUUUAGGAUGGUUCCCAUUAGUACGUAGUUAGUAAAACAGUUAGUAAAUAGACCUAAUUUAGGAUGGUUCCCAUUAGUAUGUAGUUAGUAAAACAGUUAGUAAAUAGACCUAAUUUAGGAUGGUUCCCAUUAGUACGUAGUUAGUAAAACAGUUAGUAAAUAGACCUAAUUUAGGAUGGUUCCCAUUAGUAUGUAGUUAGUAAAACAGUUAGUAAAUAGACCUAAUUUAGGCUGGUUCCCAUUAGUACGUAGUUAGUAAAACAGUUAGUAAAUAGACCUAAUUUAGGAUGGUUCCCAUUAGUAUGUAGUUAGUAAAACAGUUAGUAAAUAGACCUAAUUUAGGAUGGCUCCCAUUAGUACGUAGUUAGUAAAACAGUUAGUAAAUAGACCUAAUUUAGGAUGGUUCCCAUUAGUAUGUAGUUAGUAAAACAGUUAGUAAAUAGACCUAAUUUAGGCUGGUUCCCAUUAGUACGUAGUUAGUAAAACAGUUAGUAAAUAGACCUAAUUUAGGAUGGUCCCCAUUAGUACGUAGUUAGUAAAACAGUUAGUAAAUAGACCUAAUUUAGGCUGGUUCCCAUUAGUACGUAGUUAGUAAAACAGUUAGUAAAUAGACCUAAUUUAGGAUGGUUCCCAUUAGUACAUAGUUAGUAAAACAGUUAGUAAAUAGACCUAAUUUAGGAUGGUUCCCAUUAGUAUGUAGUUAGUAAAACAGUUAGUAAAUAGACCUAAUUUAGGAUGGUUCCCAUUAGUACGUAGUUAGUAAAACAGUUAGUAAAUAGACCUAAUUUAGGAUGGUUCCCAUUAGUAUGUAGUUAGUAAAACAGUUAGUAAAUAGACCUAAUUUAGGCUGGUUCCCAUUAGUACAUCGUUAGUAAAACAGUUAGUAAAUAGACCUAAUUUAGGCUGGUUCCCAUUAGUACGUAGUUAGUAAAACAGUUAGUAAAUAGACAUAAUUUAGGCUGGUUCCCAUUAGUACGUAGUUAGUAAAACAGUUAGUAAAUAGACCUAAUUUAGGAUGGUUCCCAUUAGUACGUAGUUAGUAAAACAGUUAGUAAAUAGACCUAAUUUAGGAUGGUUCCCAUUAGUACAUAGUUAGUAAAACAGUUAGUAAAUAGACCUAAUUUAGGCUGGUUCCCAUUAGUACGUAGUUAGUAAAACAGUUAGUAAAUAGACCUAAUUUAGGCUGGUUCCCAUUAGUACGUAGUUAGUAAAACAGUUUGUAAAUAUACCUAAUUUAGGCUGGUUCCCAUUAAUACGUAGUUAGUAAAACAGUUAGUAAAUAGACCUAAUUUAGGCUGGUUCCCAUUAGUACGUAGUUAGUAAAACAGUUAGUAAAUAGACCUAAUUUAGGCUGGUUCCCAUUAGUACGUAGUUAGUAAAACAGUUAGUAAAUAGACCUAACUUAGGCUGGUUCCCAUUAGUACGUAGUUAGUAAAACAGUUAGUAAAUAGACCUAAUUUAGGCUGGUUCCCAUUAUACGUAGUUAGUAAAACAGUUAGUAAAUAGACCUAAUUUAGGCUGGUUCCCAUUAGUACGUAGUUAGUAAAACAGUUAGUAAAUAUACCUAAUUUAGGCUGGUUCCCAUUAGUACGUAGUUAGUAAAACAGUUAGUAAAUAGACCUAAUUUAGGCUGGUUCCCAUUAGUACGUAGUUAGUAAAACAGUUAGUAAAUAGACCUAAUUUAGGAUGGUUCCCAUUAGUACGUAGUUAGUAAAACAGUUAGUAAAUAGACCUAAUUUAGGAUGGUUCCCAUUAGUAUGUAGUUAGUAAAACAGUUUGUAAAUAUACCUAAUUUAGGCUGGUUCCCAUUAGUACGUAGUUAGUAAAACAGUUAGUAAAUAGACCUAAUUUAGGAUGGUCCCCAUUAGUACGUAGUUAGUAAAACAGUUAGUAAAUAGACCUAAUUUAGGCUGGUUCCCAUUAGUACGUAGUUAGUAAAACAGUUAGUAAAUAGACCUAAUUUAGGCUGGUUCCCAUUAGUACGUAGUUAGUAAAACAGUUAGUAAAUAGACCUAAUUUAGGAUGGUUCCCAUUAGUAUGUAGUUAGUAAAACAGUUUGUAAAUAGACCUAACUUAGGCUGGUUCCCAUUAGUACGUAGUUAGUAAAACAGUUAGUAAAUAGACCUAAUUUAGGCUGGUUCCCAUUAGUACGUAGUUAGUAAAACAGUUAGUAAAUAGACCUAAUUUAGUCUGGUUCCCAUUAGUACGUAGUUAGUAAAACAGUUAGUAAAUAGACCUAAUUUAGGAUGGUUCCCAUUAGUAUGUAGUUAGUAAAACAGUUAGUAAAUAGUCUGUAAGCCAUUGUGUUAUUUGCUGAUGUAUCUUUGGUAUAAAGCUUAGUUGUGGUUGAGUUUGUCCUCGUGUUUACAGGCAGUUCGCAGAGAAGGCACUCCUCCAUGGCCAGAAUCCACUCCAUGACCAUCGAAGCUCCAAUCACCAAGGUAGCUACGUUUCAUUGAAUUACUUACACAACUCCGUCAUUUAGUAUAUAGUAAUAUAGUCAUUUAAUAGGAUCUCUGUGGUACUCAAAGUUCCGUCACAUGAUAAAUCCUCGUCCCCAAGGUUCCGUCACAUGAUAAAUCCUCGUCCCCAAGGUUCCGUCACAUGACCACUCCUAGUCCCCAAGGUUCUGUCAUAUGACCACUCCUAGUCCCCAAGGUUCCGUCACAUGACCACUCCUAGUCCCCAAGUUUCUGUCACAUGACUGCGGGGAGUUCCUGAGUUUCGUCACAUGACACUGUAGUCAAUCCCUGUAGCUGUUCCCUCCUAGAAUAAAGCAAUGGGAGGAGCUGCUGAUGAUGUGUGCUGAUAUCUUUAUGCUGUGUGUGUGUGUGUGUGUGUGUGUGUGUGUGUGUGUGUGUGUGUGUGCAAACUGUAUACAGCUGCAUGAAGUUAGUUCUGUCAGUUCCUACAAUUGUCCCACCUCUCCUCAGUCUCUGGCUGUAGUAGAAACUACUCCCACCUCUCCCCAGUCUCUGGCUGUAGUAGAAACUACUCCCACCUCUCCUCAGUCUCUGGCUGUAGUAGAAACUACUCCCACCUCUCCUCAGUCUCUGGCUGUAGUAUAAACUACUCCCACCUCUCCUCAGUCUCUGGCUGUAGUAGAAACUACUCCCACCUCUCCUCAGUCUCUGGCUGUAGUAGAAACUACUCCCACCUCUCCUCAGUCUCUGGCUGUAGUAGAAACUACUCCCACCUCUCCCCAGUCUCUGGCUGUAGUAGAAACUACUCCCACCUCUCCUCAGUCUCUGGCUGUAGUAUAAACUACUCCCACCUCUCCCCAGUCUCUGGCUGUAGUAGAAACUACUCCCACCUCUCCUCAGUCCUCUGGCUGUAGUAGAAAACUACUUCCCACCUCUCCUCAGUCUCUGGCUGUAGUAGAAACUACUCCCACCUCUCCUCAGUCUCUGGCUGUAGUAGAAAACUACUCCCACCUCUCCUGAGUCUCUGGCUGUAGUAUAAACUACUCCCACCUCUCCUCAGUCUCUGGCUGUAGUAUAAACUACUCCCACCUCUCCUCAGUCUCUGGCUGUAGUAGAAACUACUCCCACCUCUCCUCAGUCUCUGGCUGUAGUAGAAACUACUCCCACCUCUCCUCAGUCUCUGGCUGUAGUAUAAACUACUCCCACCUCUCCUCAGUCUCUGGCUGUAGUAUAAACUACUCCCACCUCUCCUCAGUCUCUGGCUGUAGUAAAACUACUCCCACCUCUCCUCAGUCUCUGGCUGUAGUAGAAACUACUCCCACCUCUCCUCAGUCUCUGGCUGUAGUAUAAACUACUCCCACCUCUCCUCAGUCUCUGGCUGUAGUAGAAACUACUCCCACCUCUCCUCAGUCUCUGGCUGUAGUAGAAACUACUCCCACCUCUCCUCAGUCUCUGGCUGAGUAAAACUACUCCAUCUCUCAGUUCUGUAGUAAAACUAUCCACUCUCCUCAGUCUCUGCUGUAGUAUAAAAUAUCCACUCUCCUCAGUCUUGGCUGUAUAUAACUAUCCAUCUCCUCAGUCUCUGCUGUAGUAGAACUACUCCAUUCUCAGUCUCUGCUUGUAGUAAAAUACUCCACUCUUCCUCAGUUCUACCUGAUAUAACUACUCCCACCUCUCAUCAGUCUCUGGCUGUGUAUAACUAACCACUUCCUCAGUCUUGCUGUAUAUAAACUCUCCACCUACUCUCAGCUUGGUUGUAUAAUACUGUACCCAACCUCUCCUCAGUCUCUGGUCUGUAGUAGAAACUAUCCCACCUCUCCUCAGUCUCUGGCCAGGUGUAUCAAACUAUCCACCUCCCUCAGUCUCUGGCUGUAGAAACUCUCCACCUCCUCAGUAUCUGCGAGAAAACUACUCCACUCUCCUCAGCUGGCAUAGUAGAAACACUUGAUAAAAUUGCUAUAAAGAGUCAGAACUUCUACCUUAUACUUGUCUUUCCUUUAUUAGGCGUCAUUUCUGUAUUACCAUGUAUCUCUCUGUAUCUAACCAUGAUAUCUCUCUGUAUCUAACCAUGAUAUCUCUCUGUAUCUAACCAUGAUAUCUCUCUGUAUCUAACCAUGAUAUCUUUCUGUAUCUAACCAUGAUAUCUUUCUGUAUCUAACCAUGAUAUCUUUCUGUAUCUAACCAUGAUAUCUUUCUGUAUCUAACCAUGAUAUCUUUCUGUAUCUAACCAUGAUAUCUUUCUGUAUCUAACCAUGAUAUCUUUCUGUAUCUAACCAUGAUAUCUUUCUGUAUCUAACCAUGAUAUCUUUCUGUAUCUAACCAUGAUAUCUUUCUGUAUCUAACCAUGAUAUCUUUCUUUCUCUCGCUCUAAUUCAAAUGUUUUAUUGGCAUACAUUUGUUUACCACAUACUGUACAUGGCCACAGUAAACAUAUAGAAAGAUGACAGAGAUAAAUACAAAUGAUACUCACUGAACCCCCUCGUCCCUCCAGGUGAUCAACAUCAUCAACGCGGCCCAGGAGUCUAGUCCUAUGCCUGUAGCAGAGGCCCUGGACCGGGUCCUGGAGAUCCUGAGGACCACAGAGCUCUACUCUCCUCAGCUGGGCACCAAGGAGGAAGACCCCCAUACUAACGACCUGGUGGGAGGACUGAUGACGGUAAGGGUCAGGGGUCAAUAGAUGCAGAGCUCUACUCUCCUCAGCUGGGCACCAAGGAGGAAGACCCCCAUACUAACGACCUGGUGGGAGGACUGAUGACGGUAAGGGUCAGGGGUUAGGGGUCAAUAGAUGCAGAGCUCUACUCUCCUCAGCUGGGCACCAAGGAGGAAGUGUGUGUAUGCACGCCUGUGUACAGUAAUGUGUACGUGAGCCUGUGUAUGUCUCUGUUUACUGUGUGUGUGUGUGUGUGUGUGUGUGUGUGUGUGUGUGUGUGUCAGAGUAGAGAGAGAGUGCCAGGUUGCCAGUCUUGGCUGCUGCCUCAGAGGAAGUGAUAGAUUGUCCUUUGUGCUCCAGUAGGCUUGAGAGGAAAGGCCACACAAACACACACACACUGAAACACACACUGACACACUGAAACAACACAUGACACACUGAAACACACACUGACACACUGAAAAACACACACUGACACACUGAAAAAACACACACACACUGACACACUGAAACACACACUGACACUGAAACACACACACACACACUGAAACACACACACACACUGACACACUGAAACACACACACACACACUGAAACACACACUGAAACACACACACACACACACUGAAACAAACACACACUGAAACACACACUGACACACUGAAAACACACACACACACACACACUGAAACACACACUGAAACACACACUGAAACACACCCUGAAACACACUGAAACAAACUGAAACACACCACACUGAACACUGAACACACACACACACACACUGAAAACACAACACACUGAAAAACACACACACUGAAACACACACACACUGAAACACUGAAACACACACACACAUGAAAAACACACACCCACUGAACACACACUGAAACAACACACACUGAAACAACAUGACACACUGAAACACACGACCAACUGAAACACACACACACACUGAAUAAACACACACACUGAAAACACCACACAACUGAACACUGAAACACACACUAACACACACACUGAAACACA